AUGGUCCCUACUAAAUCACUGGCGUUGCCACUCAUCGCUCUAUGCUCGAUAGCAUCAUCAACUCCAUUGGAACCGCGUCAUGCCGCACCCGGCCUUAUUGAUGGGAUUCUCAAUGGUGUUCUCUCAGGCAUCGAACAACUCAUUGCGGACGUUCUGUCUGGUAAAAAGUCACCCAUCGACAACACCAAGACCAACAAGCCGUUGACCUGCUCAUUGUUGAGUGUUGACAAAUGUUGCGUUUGGUACGAUGUCUCUGCCGAGCUUACCAAGCUAUUUGUUGGGGCCGAUAAACAAUGCAACGACAAUGCUCGUGCUGCAGUCCGUAUGGGCUUCCACGAUGCUGGGUCUUGGGAUAAGAAUGCUCUCAACGGUGGUGCCGAUGGAUCGCUACUCAUGGAGUUCGGCGAGCAUGAAAGACCCGAAAACAACGGUCUUCAGAGCAUUCGCCUAAAACUUCGAGAUGUACAAUCCAAGUACAAGGUCGGAUACGCUGAUCUCGUCCAAUAUGCGCACAAUCACGCAACAAUCUCGUGUCCGAAGGGGCCCCGCGUACUUACAUUCGUUGGCCGCAAGGAUGCGACCAAGGCCGCGCCCAAAGGACUUCUACCUGACGUUCAUCAAGACGCCGACAAACUGAUCGCCAUCUUCAAGGACAAGGGUUUCUCGCCCCACGAUCUCGCAGCACUCGUAGGCGCCCACGCAACAGCCAAGCAACGAUUCGUGGACGUCCGCCCAGAGGUCGUCGACAAGCCACUCGAUACGACCCCCGGUGUCUGGGACGUCGAAUUCUACAACGAUACUCUUAACAAUCCCUCCGGUGGCAGUGCUGAUCAGAAGGUCUUCGUCCUCCCAAGCGACAAGGUGCUAUCGACACAUCCCAAGAUCGCCGAUGAGUGGAAGUCGUUUGUUGGUAACCAGGUCCAUUGGAACCUGGACUAUGCGAAGGCUUACAUCAGGAUGAGUCUUCUGGGUGUAGAGAAGAGAGAUCUGAUGAAGUUGGUGGACUGCACGAGGACACUGCCCGUUAGUAGGCCCUCAUUUCCUUAG